UUGUCCCUCUCCUUCUGCUCUCCCUCUCUCAAAUAAAUAAGUAAAAUCUUAAACAAAACAAAACAAAACAAUGAUUGGCAGGAAGUGGCCAGGCUGCCCCCAGGCCGCUGCUCCAUCCUUCCCUGGGCUCCGUCUGGCCCUGGUUUCCGCCUGCUCAGGCUUCUGCCCUUUCACUGGCUGUGGGCUUUCACGCCCUCCCUCAGGCCCCCUCCCCUGAGAAGGGGCGGGGAGAAGGGCCAGUCUUCCUUUCCUGGCCAGCCUCUUGAGAGAGCCAGCAGACUGGGGCCGAGAAGUGCUCUGCAGUGACUCUCUUCACACACCAGCCUGGGCCCGUAGAGCUGCCAGCACCAUGCAGGACGAGGUGGCUCUUCUGGCCACUGUCACCCUCCUGGGAGUCCUGCUGCAAGGUGAUCUCCGCGCGCAGAGCCUUCCGCGUGUCUCCGCCGCUCACCACCGGGCCGCCGGAGUUCGAACGCGUCUACCGAGCCCAGUGAGACUUGGCGGGAGGGCGCGGGGCGGAAGUGAGCGAUCCCGGGCGCCGGCAGGGUCCGAGCUCCCCGCCCCACGCCUCCGUCGGCGCCCUCAUGCCACCCGCCCCCACCGCAGGGUGAAUUGCAGCGAGUACUUCCCGCUGUUCCUGGCCACGCUCUGGGUCGCCGGCAUCUUCUUUCACGAAGGUACGGCGGCCCUAUGCGGCUUGGUCUACCUUUUCGCACGCCUCCGCUACUUUCAGGGCUACGCGCGCUCGGCGCAGCAAAGCCCCGCCCGCAGGUUGACUCCAUUGUACGCGAGCGCGCGCGCGCUUUGGCUGCUCCUGGCGCUCGCAGCACUCGGCCUGCUCGUCCACUUUCUCCCCCUCGCGCUGCGGACCGCGCUUCUGGGACGGCUCGGGAAGCUGCUGCCCAGGGCCUGAGAUGGAGGACGCCUGGUCAGCGGAACCGGAGAAGGGCCGGAGCUUCCGGGAGGACAUGGGAGGGGUGCUCGCUCCAUCUCUGUCUCCAAUUAAAGUGUCGAUGGCUGGA